AUGAUCUUCGGUCCAGUUGGGAUGUCGCUCUCUAUGAUAGUCCUAGCUAUCUCUAAUAAGAUUGCUACUUUAAAUACAGGCAAUGAUAUUGGGACGAAAGCAGGAAUAGUCCAGACUGUCUUCCUUUUCGUUUUCAAUACCUUCUUCGAGAUUGUCCCAUUAAAGAUUCGUGCCCCAGCCAACGCGCUACCCACCUCUUCCAACUGGAUCUGGAACUUCAUCGUUGUCGUGAUUUCGUCUAUCGCCUUCAAUGACAUUGGAUAUCGAACAUAUGUUAUCUUCGCCAUUAUCAAUGCCUUUAUCAUACCAUUCGUCUACUUCUUUUUUCCAGAAACCACGUCUCGUUCGCUAGAGGAGAUGGAUCGCAUCUUCCGAAAGUCAACCACCGUGUUCGACGUUGUCACUGUUGCUCGUGAAGAACCAUUUGCAUAUGGUCCGAAAGGCGAGCUCCUUAACACACUAGAACACCUGGAGAACAAUAUCUGCACAAUGCAUGAAAGUGAAGUGGAUUUCUGA